AUGCGGGCAUGGUAUCUCCUUGCACUCCCGAUCGCUCAGGCUGUUCUUGUCAACCACACCAUCGACGAUGAACAGGGCGAUUCGGAGAUCCAGUUCUCUCCCUCCGACGGGUGGUCACAGGGCUCAACUUGUUUUGGAUGCAAGGCCACCCAAGGUGGAGUUUCCAACAAUUCCGCCUUUAAUGGGACUUGGCACGACUCCACACAUCAUCCAGGGGAUGGCGGGCGUACAGUCACACUGUCUUUCUCCGGUACUGCUGUGUAUGCUUUCGGCAUCAUGGGGAAUGACUUCGGCCCUGGGGUCACAACGUUGACAAACCUGUCGGUCGUUCUGGACCAACUCACCGUGGGAAAUUUCGUCCACAGCCCCACGAACAGCACAGACAUCCAAUACAACGCGUCCAUAUUUGCUGUUCAAAAUUUGGAGAAUAUCCCGCAUCAACUCGUCAUUACCGCCAACAGCUCCGAAGCCCCCUCUCUCUUUCUCUUCGAUUACGCCAUAUACACGUGA